GUUCUAGAGAAUGAUAACCUAACUUUUAAUUUUAGCUCCAUUACUUAUUGUAAGCUGUGCAACCCUGAGGACGUUGCAUAACCUCUCUGAGUCUGUGUCCUUGUUUGUAAAAUGGGGAUGAUGGUAGCAGUACCCACCUAACGAUAUUGCUAGAAGGAUUAAAUGAAAGGAGGCAUACAAACAUUAACCCUCUGUCUAGUUCUGGAUAAAUACACAUACCAACUAUGAAGAUGAUAAGGAGAUUGAAGAAGGAUGAAUGGCUUACUUGGAUCAGCAGAAAUGAGAAGAAAUCACCUAAGGAGCAAGUCUAAAGAUCAUCACCCUGGUAAAACUUUGCCAGAGAACCCAGCAGGAUUCACCAGCACGGCCACUGCAGACCUCAGAGCCCUGCUUCAGGCCUAUAUAGACGGUCACUCUGUGGUCAUCUUCAGUAGGUCCACAUGCACACGCUGUGCUGAGGUAAAGAAGUUAUUUAAAUCUCUGUGUGUUCCUUAUUUUGUGCUUGAACUUGAUCAAACAGUAAAAAGCCUGCUGAAGUGCCAGUUGAAUUCAAACCUUGAGUGAGUGCCGAUUAUGGGAAAGGCACUGUGCCAGAUCCCAGGAGACAAGGUCUUGCUAUGUUGUCCACGCUAGUCUUGAACUGCUGGGAAGCAAUCCUCCUGCCUCAGCCUCCCAACAUGCUGGGAUUACAGGUCAAUGUUUUGCUGCUUUAAGUGGAGUACAGAAUACGUGGACAGCUAGGUUCAGCAAGGGUGGGCCUUGCCAUGUCAACGUGACUGAGAAGUUUAGACUUCAUCUUGAGGGCCCUAGACAGCUACUGAA